AACAAAGAUAUUGGUAGUAACCAUUUUAUCGAUAUUUCUUACGGUUCCCAAGUCUCCGCUUUUGGAACUUCACGUGGCAUCGUCAUUUCAUGGGUGCUCGAAAUUUACAACCUUCUUCUUCUUCUUCUUCUUCUUCUUCUUCAUCUUCUUCAUUUUUCUCCCGUUUUUGUUCCUCUGCUUUGAGAACCAAGCCAUUGAUUUCUCCCUCCGAUGCUUCCUCCAAUCGUACCAACUCCGGCGAUGGCCUCGUGCGCCGUCUCGGCGUCAUCGAUCUUGUUCUUCUCGGCGUCGGCGCUUCCAUCGGAGCUGGAAUCUUUGUUGUCACCGGUACUGUCGCUCAUGACGCUGGUCCUGGAGUCACCAUUAGUUUCACGCUAGCAGGAGUAUCAUGUAUCCUAAAUGCACUCUGUUAUGCCGAACUGGCUACUCGCUUUCCUCCUGUUGUGGGCGGAGCAUACUUGUAUACAUAUGCAGCAUUUAAUGAACUCACUGCUUUUCUUGUUUUUGCACAAUUGAUGCUUGACUAUCAUAUUGCAGCAGCUAGUAUAGCACGGAGCUUAGCUGGUUAUAUAAUCUCAUUUCUUGAGAUCUUUCCUCUUUUUAAAGACAACAUUCCAAAUUGGCUUGGAAAUGGGCAAGAGUUAUUGGGAGGAGUUAUUUCUAUUAAUGUACUGGCUCCAGUUCUUCUAGCUCUAUUGACCUUUAUUCUUUGUUGGGGUGUUGGAGAGUCUUCUACUGUAAACUCCAUCAUGACUUCAUUGAAGGUCAUCAUCGUGGUGUGUGUCAUCUUAACUGGUGCUUUUGAGGUUGAUGUUUCAAAUUGGUCUCCUUUUACUCCAAAUGGUUUCCAUGCAGUGUUAACUGGAGCUACUGUAGUAUUCUUCGCAUAUGUAGGCUUUGAUGCAGUUGCAAAUUCAGCUGAAGAAUCAAAAAAUCCCAGGAGGGAUUUACCAAUUGGCAUAAUCGGAAGUCUUCUCAUUUGCAUUGCUCUAUAUAUUGGUGUCUGCUUAGUGAUAACUGGAAUGGUUCCUUAUUAUCUUCUUGGGGAAGAGGCUCCCUUGGCUGCUGCUUUUACAUCCAAAGGCUUGAAAUUUGUUUCUUUUUUGAUAAGUGUUGGUGCAAUUGCUGGACUUACAACAACGCUUCUUGUUGGUCUUUAUGUUCAGUCACGUCUAUAUCUUGGGCUUGGGAGAGAUGGUUUGCUGCCUUCUUUUUUUUCCGAUGUGCACCCCAAACGCCACACUCCUAUCAUUUCUCAAGUCUGGGUUGGUAUUAUCGCUGGCGUAUUGGCUGGAUUGUUUAAUAUACACUCACUCUCUCAUAUUCUUUCAGUUGGCACCCUGACCGGCUACUCUGUUGUCUCGGCUUGUGUUAUCACCCUGCGGUGGAAAGACAAAACAACCCGUCAGGUGUCUUCUUCAACCUGGCGAGAAGGUGUCAUCUGUCUUAUUGUAGUUGCCUGCAGUGGUUUUGGUGCUGGAGUGUUUUAUCGGUAUGGUUCGCUGUGGGUUUCUGUUGUAGCUGCUGUUCUUGCACUUCUUGCAUCGAUCGCUCUUUAUCUUCGCCAUACUUAUGGAGAUGUGGCUGGAUUUCCUUGUCCGGGAGUUCCCUUUGUGCCGGCCCUUUGCAUAUUUGUCAACAUGUUCCUAUUUGCUCAGUUACACCAAGAAGCGUGGGUUAGAUUUGUGGUGGUCAGUAUUAUUAUGAUCAUCGUUUAUGCAUUUUAUGGGCAGCAUCAUGCUAAUCCCAUUCCCCAAGGUUCUGACCUUUAUUUUCAGGUUCCAGGUUAGGUAAGCUCCAUUUUUAGUUCUUAAAUGCCAUUUCUUAUUAGGCACAUGGAUAAAUUAAUCUCGUCAAUCGAACGCCUUGCACCUUAGUGUUAUACUUUGGUAUAAUAGCUAUGGACAAGUGGCAGAGUUCAGCUGUGGAACAUACAAUGUAAGAGUUAAUAAGGUAUGAAAUCGACAGUUGAACUCCCUUGGAUAAAACAGGGCAACUCUCCCGGUACAAGUGUGUUUUAUUUUUGUUACAUUAGAAGUGAUUUGUAUGGAAAUAAAGUCAUCGAUAUUCUUAUGAAAAGUACAAAUACAGUGAUGUAGUAAAAUUUUAAAAUGCAGUUUAUAGUCCUUACAAUCUGAAUAAUUGUCUUCCACUUUUAUUAUAAUGAAGUAUUUGGAUUGUUUGGGUUGAA